CUUCAUUUUUAGGUACAACAAGCAACAAAGAGUAUUUUCAGCCUGAAAAAGCACAUAAUAAGAUGCAAAAACCAAGACUUAGCAAAAACUCAACUUUUUGAAACCAUGCCUUCAGAUGAAGUUUUACUGAUAUGUGACUGGGCUAUGAAGUUUUUACCCCGAAAGUUUCGUGAAGAUCAAUGUGAUUGGUUCGGAAAGAGAGGAAUACCAUGGCACAUAUCUAUAGCCUUCUGUAGGAAAGAUGAUGGAAGCAUUGGUAGCCUUGGGUUUGUUCAUUUGUUUGCAACCCAAAUAUCACAGGACAGCCAAGUAACAGCCAGUAUUAUCCAAGAUGUAAUGGAUGAAAUUAGAGAAAUUAACACCAAUGACAUAAAGUUUCAUGUAUGGUCUGACAAUGCUGGUUGUUACAAGUCAACAGAGAUGCUUUCAUUCUUAUUCCAUUCAGGUCUUACCCUGUCAUAUGACUUCUGUGAAUCCCAGAAUGGGAAGGGACCAUGUGACCGCACUGCUGCAACCAUCAAAUCUUCUAUUAGAAGAUAUGUAAACCAGGGUCAUGAUGUACUUACAGCACAAUCAAUGAAAAAGGCAAUAGACAAGUCAUCAAAAAAUGUAAAGUACAUAGUUCGUGUCAUAGAAGGAACUGAGUGUAGGAAAACUAAGUGUACUGCUAUACCUGCAAUAUCAACCUAUAGUAACUUCACAUUUAGCACACAUGGCAUUACUGCAUGGAAGGCAUACCAAGUUGGCACAGGAAAGCUUAUACCUUCAUCUGCUAUUCCAAGUGUUGAAAAGUUUAUUCUAAAUACCUCAUGUCCAGAGAUAGAGGGAGAAAUUGAUGUGGUUUUUCACCAACUGCCACUUAAAGCUGAAAAGGAAGAAAACACCAUAACAUGUGCAAAUGAGGGAUGCACACUGUCUUUUUCAUCUUUUCAUGACCUGUCAAGCCACUUAAUGUUCGGCAAGUGUGAGUUUGAAUUCAGGUGCCAGUUUAGUAAUGGAUGUAACAUUACUAAGAAGACUUACAUAACAAAGAUGUCUAAGUCUUUUUCAACCAACUUUCAAGUUUCAUCAGCAGGGCUGACAGUUGGAAUUAAUGACAACUCUGAUUUAGAACUUGGCUGGGCAUUAAAAGAAGAAAGGAAGCACAAAAGGUUUAAUGUGAACCAAAAAGAAUAUCUCACUGAAAAAUUUAACAAAGGUCUAAAAACUGGCAGAAAGGAAGAUCCUUUUUUGGUAUCAGAGGAAAUGCUGACUGAUAGAAAAGAAGAUGGAAAUAGAAGAUUUUCAUAUGAUGAAAUCCUUUCGGUACAACAAAUCACAAGUUUCUUUUCAAGAAUGAGCAGGAAGAACAAAUCAUUUGAUGAUUCCGUUGAUGGAUCAAGGGAAGAAACUAUCACAACUAUCAGGAGAGAACUAACUGCAGAUGAACUUGAUUAAAUUUCUUUUACCAACUUUAUGUAAAAAACUACAAAUAUUUUAUGCACUUAUAGUAUGGUAUGAUUGUCAAUGAUACAAAUCCUAUAAAUGACACUAAAGGUCACUGUAGAGUCUUUAACAAUGAGCAAAGCCCAUACUGCAUUAUCAGCUACAAAAGGCUUCAAAAUGACAAAUUUAAAUAGCUUUAAGUGAAAUUGUUAAAACAAUUUGUUUUUCCAAUAAAAAUACCAAAUGAGACAUCAAACUCACAAUCCAUUGAACAUAGACAAUGAUGGUAAGAGUUUCCGUUAUAAGUUUUUGGUAAAAGAUUUUGGUCAAGGUAGUUUUUGAUGAAAUUAAACUCCAAUCAACUUGAAACUUAGUACACAUGUUCCCUAAGAUAUGAUCUUUCUAAUUUAAUAUGUCUAAAUGCCAAAUUAGAUUUUUCCCCCAAUUUCACAGUCAACUAAACAUAGAAAAUGAUAGUGUGCAUGGAGCAUACGAGCAUCUGUGAAUUUGACAACAUUUUGUUCUUGCUUUUAUAAGUUAAUAGUGAGAUUUGGAUUUCCUAUGAUAUUUCCAAUCAUAGACAGAGACAUUGACUUGUGUUUUGUUUGCAUAGUGUUUUAGCACCAGUGCAACUCUAGUAUAUUAUUUCAAAGUUGAAGUGAAAUGAGGUGCAAGAUGUAUGCAUUUUCACAGGUUCUGAUUAAAUUUACACUUAAAAUUUUCAUAAUUUUACCACUUAACCAUGUUAACUGUUAUUUACAGACUCUCGAGAGUUGACAAAGUCUUAAUCUUUACUGACAUGGUAACCUUCACAACAACCCUUUUGUUUGAGAUAUGAUUUUAGAAAGAAUACUGGAGUAAAUAUUUGUAUGCAGAAGCUAUAAAAUACAUAUUUUUGGCAAUUUUUCUUUUUUUUGCUUAGGGUCAUAUAAAUGGUUACUAUGGUAGCCACAAUCUUAAAUUGACAUUUAUCUUUUCAAAUAGUGUUAAAUUAAUAAUCAGAUCCAAUUGAACUAAAUUUUCUUCAUUUUUAACUUAAAAUUUUCAAAUUUUCAAAUUUUUAUUUUUUUUUAUAUAUUUUCAUUCACUGCCAUGGCAACGAUUUUUUUUUUUUUUUUUAGAAAUAACACUACUCCAAUUUUUUGAUAUUUUGGACUUUAUGCUUUAAACAUUAUAUAUGCAUUAUUUUAAGAACAUCUGUCGGUGCAUUUUUUCACAGUCUCUUAUUAAAAUUGAUAAAAAAUCCAAUUUUUCAAAAAUCCCCAAAAAGUCAAAAUCAAGGUUUUUGGCAGCUUCAAAAAACUGUGAUAGGAUAUUUUUUUUAUUAUGUUAUAUAUUGUUAUUAUAUGCUUAGAUCAUUGUCUUCAUGAUGACAAAUAAAGAAUAUGACCUCAGAAUAGUUUGCUUUAUGUUUUAUAUGCAAAGAAAAUGGUAAUUUCACUGAUUGAAAGACUCUGUAAGAAGCCUUAUUUGAUGAUGUAUGGUAACCAUGGCAACCGCAACUCUGUGUAUCAAUAUUAUACCAAAUUUCAAACAAGGGUGACAUAUGAGUAUUACCUACCAAGUUUCAUUAAUAUUUGAGGUCCUGACUUUCCCACCCUAUAUCAGAAAUUUUGAUGCUAACAGAGAAUGGCUCUU